UCAAUUUUGGAGCAUCAGGUGAAGUGAAAGUAGAACUUUGAACUUUUUUCACCUCAUCGCCUCAAAGAUGUGUGAAUCUACUGUGUUUCGGAAAGAAUUGUUUUGAUAUCUUUUUCAAUUAGGAUGGAAGAUCUACUGCAGCAGUUAAUUGCCGAAGCUGCCGGCCCUAAAUUUUCGGAGGUUAGAAUAGCAAGCCAGGAAGCAUAUGAUUUCCUGGAAUCUCAGCAAGGGCUAAUGAGAGAUCCAGCACACGAACUGAGAGCAAAAUGCCUGUGUGCGCUCCAGCUUGCUGUCGAAACGAAGAAAAGCAAGUUGGUCUCUCUUGCAUUAAUAGGCUUCCACAAACUUUUGAGGGAUGACCGCUUUCAGUCAAAUUUUGAGCCAGAAGAUGAUUCAUUGUGGCUUCCAUCACAACUGCUGUGCGCCAUGAACUCUCUUUUAAGCCAAUCUGAUGAUACACAAGUUGACAUGCUGAAAGUUUUAUUGAACAUGGCGUGUCUCCCAUAUUGGACCAUGAAUGGACGGCUUAUCAUACAGAUAUUGACACUUUGCUCUGAAGCGUAUGAGUCAGGAAAUAACGCCAUUCGAACUGCUGCUCAAGCUGCAACUAGUCAAACAUUGAGGUCUUUCUGCAACAUUCUUGAUGAAGAAUGUCAAGAAUCCGAAAGUUUAAAAGACAUCAGUCCUAGUGGAAUUUUAUGCUUUAAUCAAAUUAUACCAAUUUUGCAGUUCAUCUGUAGCAAGAUUGAGGAAACUCAAAUAGAACGAGGUGAACGAAGUGGCCAAACCGUUGUUUUUUUGCUAGAAUGCAUGCACACGCUGGUAUCAAGUCUGCCUCAAAAAAUCUAUUCGAACAAACACUUCACCACAUUCUUGUGGCAGAAACUGUGCCCAGCAUUGAUAGCAUUUCUAGGAUCUCCAAGAGUAGAUAAGAAAAUAAUAUCUCGAGAGGGAAAAUCAGGAAAUUCAGAAGGAGAAAUAGGCCGAGGAUCUGGAGGUCUUGCUUCAGCGCCAAGUUUUGACAGUCAUCAAGCAAAAACAGUUUACAGUAUUGGGAGUGAACUUGUCAGAUUGGUAGGUUGUGUUGGAUCUCUGAGGCCUGUACUGGAAUCAGUCUUUCAUCGGAUGCUCAUUUAUCCGCCUCCUCAACAUCGGUUAGAGGCCUUACGAGCACUGAGAGAGCUUCUGGGUAGUCCUAGUCGUUUGCUUGAUUUUGCUGGACCAUUGCUGUUGGAGGAUGAAAAAGGCUGUCCACAAAGUGAUAUGGCAUUGACGCGUUUGGUCAUGGACUCGAUUGAAGAAUGUGCUGGAUGUAGUGAUAUCGCCAUCAAGCAUGCUAGCAUUUCGUGUAUUUUAGCCUUGUUGAAUGCCUUGCAAGAGUUAUCUCUAGGGAGAAACUUAAACGAUCAAUAUGUGGAUAAGAUCAACUCAAUGUUUCCUAAGAUGAAAGACUGUGAUUAUCAAGGUCCUCUUACUUAUGAAUUGAUGUCUCGUUUACCGCGAGACUACAGAGAAGUCAUGGAGAAAGAGCGAGGUAAAACGGAGAUUGAAGAUGGGUCAGAAAGUGGUGGCAGUAGCAGUGGUAUCUUGAGCAGCGGGGAAACAGAAGGGCCGGAGGAAGGCCUUCAGCUGGAUGACUCCGAUCUAGAAGAAAUGGUGGCUGAAGCGGAGAAAAGAAAAACCGAAGCGGAUCUUAGACUCAAUAAAAUUGAAAAAUCCCUGAAAGAUAUGGACUCAGAAAUGAAAAUAAUCACCGAAAGUGCCGAUAUGGAACGGCAAAAUGCUCAUAAUUUUAAAUCUGCCUUAAUCUCAUUUUUGCCGACAUUGUUAAAUUUGCGUAGCAUUUUACAAGUUGAUGAAGCAUUGCAAGAAUUUUCGUCCAAAUAUUGUGAAGAUUUAUUUACUAAAGACAAAGGGACCAUUGUGAACGCUGAUGGGAUCUAUCUGGCAUCUCACUUAGCCUUACUUUUGAACUUUCGUUUGAUUCAAUCGGACUAUUAUCAAAACCCAAGCAAGGAAAUCCCAUACUCAGAGGCGGAUUUUGUGGAGGGGGUGCAAGGCAGUGGUGUCCUAGUUUACUUGUCGGCUGCGUGGCUUUCUGAGUUGUAUCAGAUCACUCUAUCGAACAAUUUUCUUUCUCUUGCCGGCUACUGCUCCUCCAACUCUGAUAACCUUGCUCUCAUUAACUUACUAACAGGUUAUUCUCGCAUGAUAAAUACCGGUUGUUUUGAAUUUAUGUCUUCAACGUUGUGUUUUCCUUGUAUUUUUUACAAUCGCCUUAUAUUACCUCUCACCCAUCCUCUUUUACUCAGUUUUAUAAAUUUUUUACAAAGUUUGCAAAGGAUGAGUAGAAGGACCGAACUUUCUGUUUCAGUGCUUCAUCAAAAAGUCACUUUCUUGUUCAUCCCAGUUAACUUCAAUUUGGAAAGUAUACCAAACAAUGGUCAAGCCAAUUCACAGUACCUUGUUGACUGCCAACGCUUAGAAAAGGCUGCACUGAGACCAGAAAUAAGCCCUGAAACAGAGGCCGGUAUUAAGCUAAGCAGGCGUAUCUUAACUUGCGUCUGGGACUCUAUGCUGGUGGUUCUCGGUGUUCCGCUGCAAGAAAGUUCAGCACUUAAAAAGAAGUCACAUCGACUUUUAAUAUUAGGAAAUGAGGCAGUCAAAAGAGCUCUUGCGAAAGAAGCCGUUGUCAUGAGCCUGGAAGCAUUACAGAAAGCAGCUUCUUUAACAACUGUCUCAGGCUUACAAAGUAGAUGCGGUGGAGUCUUUGCAUUAUUAGCCUCUGCAACGACUCCCUCUUCCGCAGGCCCUUUGGUUAGCGCGCAACCACUAUCUACCUUAACCGCCCCUCAUGCCUUGUCUUUGGAGGUGAUUCUCUCCAGAGGAUUGGAACUAGGUAGUCAUGCACAAGAAUGUUGGACGCAUGUUUUCAGUUGUUGUUUGUAUGUCGGGCAGCUGGAACAUCAGUUUUUUAGUCAAAAUCAAAAAUCGAGUGUGCCUACAAGCAUCAAUUCAGUCAAAGUUGACAAAGUUUCUACCACUGAUCGUUUAAAUCUUAGUUUUAAUCCUGUGGAAAAUGAGGAUGAUGAAUGCAUGGACGUGUAUAGCUUUCUCGCAUCACCAUCCUCUCCCACGGGCCCUGUUCCUAAGUCAAUUGCAGAUUUAAUUUCCAAGAAUCGACUGGAUGGGCAAGGCAGUAGUUUGCUCAACAGCGAAACUUCGGCAGAAGUCAUUUGCAUACUUUCUCAACAUGUUGACCGACUAUUUGAAGAAGUUGCUCUGAAGCUUAAUCUCUCAUCCCUCAAAAAGUUCAUGAACGAGCUAUGCUCUGCAUCAAAGAAACAAUUAUUUACCAACUCCACUGCAAAAUCUACUAAUCAAGGAAAACGGUGGUGGUGGAUACCUUCCAGUAGAUCAACUUCUUACUCUCCACUACUCCUAUCCAGAGCUUCUCAAGUGACGCUUAGGUGUAUUCGUAGUGGGCGGCCUUUAAUACAUAUCAUGAACAUAUGGUCCAUAGUCGGCCCCCAUUUUAUGGAGGCUGCUUGUCAUAAAGAUAAUAGUAUCUCAAAGUUGGCUGUUUCCUCCAUGCAUGACAUAAUAACGGCCUUACUCAAUGAAAAUGUUGAGCUUCCUCAUUUCCAUUUUAAUGAGUCUCUUUUCAAACCAUAUGAAAACCUGCUGUGUUUAGAGCUUUGUGAUGUUGAUGUACAAGAUCAGAUUGUUAGUUGUUUGAGUGAGUGUGUUGAAGCCAAUAGAGGUGAAAUUCGAUCAGGUUGGAGGCCUCUAUUUGGUGCUUUGCGAGGAGCCUACAGCUCUCCUCUAGAUAUUUUUGCUGUCUUCCUAAACUCCGAUAACUCCUUAGUUUUUGCAAAUGCCGCAGUAGACUGCAUUUUGUGUCUUCUGAAACAUGUUCGGGGGAAUGAUAACAAUACAAAAGAAUCAGAAAAAAUGUGUGAUGAUGCCUUAGAUUACAUUUCAUUUUGUUCUGCAAUGUUGUCUUCUCUGUACAAGAUGCCAGCUUGCCCAGUCUUCCAUUCAUCUCAUAGAAUUCAAUUUUGUACCAAACUCAUCGAUCCUAUUGUACCUGAUAAAGAAUUAAUAAAAUUUGAUGUGGAUGAGAAGAGCAGUGAUACCUUAGAAAUAUCUUACAGUUGUUUGUCUUUGAAUCACAUCUGUGAUAUAUCAGCUGUAGAAAAACCUAGUGGAAUACUCAAAGUCUGGUCUCUUAUGAUAGAGGGGCUUGCAGCAAACGUGGCGACAUGUCCCCCCAGUUGUCAACCUAAGACUUUAGAUGUCCUGUUUCUUCUUUUAAGGCAGUUUAUCACAGUUCCUGGAAAGCUGUUUGGGUUAUACUGUCUGAAUCAUCUAUUGUUACCUGCAAUUCAAGACUGGCUUCGUAAACUUGAUCUUUCAGAAGCUCCUUGUUUUAAACAGUAUUGUGGCCUAACAACAGAUAUGACUGUUGAAUAUCUAACUCCUUUAGCUGGUUCAGAAGAACAUAUUCCUGAAAACUCAUUACUUCUCAAGCAGUUGAUUCUAGUCAUGAUAGAGUGCAUUGCAUCUCCAGUAGAGCCAAUUGCUCGACUUGGGUGUGCUUGUCUCAGGCACGUAGUCAUGGAACUGGGAACGAAGAUGUCGGCGGACCAGUGGGAGCUGGUGUGCGUGGGUCUUCACCGCGCCGUAACAAUCUCUCUCCUCCCGGUGGCCCAGCUAAGCGCGGCCUUUUGCGCCGGCUCGCUCAGCUUUUACGGGGACUACGCCCAGGUGAAAGUUGCCGCCAGGAAGGACUCCUCCCCGCAGGAGUUUCUCAGGAUGAAGCACCUCUCUCAACAGGUAUUCUUGUUAGAGGGCCAACGGGGCGACGAAGGAGCAUACGAGGAUGCUCACGAAGUUGAAGAGAGGAGCUACACGUUCCUCCUGUAUCCCGCGGAAAGCGCCAACCCUGAGCAGAAUGUCGUCCGCGUUUCCUUUUACGGCUUGGUCGUCGGGCUCCUGGCUCACCAAAUGCUCCUACAAACGAUCGGGAGUCUUCUCGUUCAAGGGACUCCCCACGUCAUCCCCAGCCUGGCGAAUGUCCUGCUUCAAAGUCCGGCCAUAACUCCAGUAUCAGGCGACCACAGCGCGAAAUUCGGGACUCGGGCCCUGCCAGGCUUCAUGAGAUACAUGUCUGACGCGCACAUCCACACCCUCCUGCUGUGCCUGAACGUCUCCUACGAGAGAGCCCUGCAGUUCGACUCCCGGCCGGGCCUCAAGUUCCUCGUCCAGAAAGUGGCCAACUUGGAGCGGGCGGCGAACCUGUACCGCCAGGCCGGCGCCAGCUGGACGCUCAAACUCGUCACGCUCUUCGACAUCUGCCUCGGCGAGGUCUCCAAGACCAACGCGACCCUGGACGGAGUCAAGAAGAUCCUCGAGAAGCGGGAGGAAGGGCCCGGCUCGUUCAUCCUUCGGCUGAGGGAGAGCUUCGACGCCCUCUGCGACACGUACGUCGAUAUCCUGCUCGAUAAAGACGGCGCCCACUCGGCGGUGGACAGGAUCUCCGACCAGCCCAUGUUCUUCCUCAUCGCCCAGACGGACGACUUCCCUGACAUCAAGCGGCGGGAGAAGCCCCCCGGAGACUCCCCGAAGAUCAGUUCGGAAAAGAAUAGCCCAGCGUCCGGGGACGAGAACUCGGAGGGUGAGAUCGAUCGUGACCGUGAGGAGAAAGACAAGCGAGUCGCGAAGACCCCCGCGAAACCGUUCAAGUUGGCGGACCUGGCCAACGACUCGUCCAACUGCACCAGCGAGGACGAGGGCCCCGCGACGGUGUACCACGUCGCGGGCAAGUCCGAGGUCAGCUCGAUGAUGGACGAGUACAAACGGAGGAAGAAGACGUGCGUGAUGCCCAACAAUCAAGGCGCGCCCAAGAGGAGGAACCCCUUCACGCCGGCGGAUAACUUCCUCGUGCCCGCGGAGCCCAUUCCGCCGGAAAUCGAGCACCAGAGGAACGACAGUUUGUUCAAGGAUAGCGAGGCGCACACGGUGGUUUGGGCGGAGAUGCUCGUGUCCGUCUUCGACCUCAUCGCCCAGCUCUCCGACUUGGAUCUCCGCAUCCUCCUCCCGGUCAUCUUCAACGGCGUCCGGCAUCUCACCGCCUACGCCACUCAUCCCCCCCUCAAACACGCCAUCGCCGAGUUCUUCCAUCGCAUAGCCCUGCUCUACGGCUUCAGCCCUUAGGUCGCCCAAGCUGACGGUAAGGUCGCCUGCCCGCGAUGUCUCGCAAUUUCAGCGCCGAGUAUCCAGGACCCGCGAAAACCGAGGUUCGUCAAAGACUAUGACACCUUCGGUAUAUCUCAGCGAAUUGAUGCUCGAACUCGGGAUUUUCUUUUUUCUCCCCUUCCAGACGAUUUCGAGUUUGUUUGUUAUGUUUUGGUAGUCCGUGGUAACACGGGCUCAAAACUGAUGGGGGAGGAUGAAACUCAAUUAAUAUUUUUGCCCUGAACCUCGGGAAAAACACGGCAGGUUUCAUUCAGGAAUCUCCUUUUCUGAAAUCUAGGAAAAGCUGAAAGUGUAUCCGAUUGUGAAAAUCUAAGAUUUCUAGACAUCAUGUUUUAGCGUAAAAUUUUCGCAGGAUUCCUCAAACCUACCAGAUCCUGUAUGUGUUUCCUCUGUUUCUUCGUCUUCCAGGAAAAAGUCUGUUUUGCUUAAAUGCGCAGUUCUUCAGGUUAAAUUCCAAACGAAUCGUUCUAAAGUAAUUUUAACUUUAUUAAACAUCAGAAAUAUGCAUCACUGCCCUAAAAACAUAAUUUUCGGGCGAGGAGCCCCCAAUAGGUGCCAAUCAAGUACUACUCGAACCUACCAUUUUUUUAAAGACCCUGUGCGUGUUUCCUCUGUUUUUCUGUCUCAAAGAAAAAAGUCAGUUUUGCUUGAGAACGCAGUUCUAAAGUAACAAAUCGAAAUGUAGCGUGCUAAGGGAGUUUCGACUUUGAAAAAUCGGAAAUAAGAGUCACUGCUUUAAAUACAUAAUAUUCGGGUAAGGAACCCCUUCAGCUCCUCUAAAAUCUGCAGAUUAACUUCAUUCAACAAUGAAGAAUACCAAUAAAAGACUCACUUUUUAGAGAAUAUAAAGCUUCUUUUUCUCGGAAAAAUAAAGGGUUUACAAAGGAUUAGGUCACUAAAAAACAGGGAUUGGACAGAUCCACCAACUUUCUGUUUUGACUGCAAUGCAAUACAAACUUUUUUUUCACAUUCACUACCAUUGUAACCCCUACUUACCUACUAUCGUGGCCCAGACCGUUCCAGCUGAUAAGUCUUAAUGGCGGGAACAAACAACUUUUGGAAUUUACAACUUCGUAUAUUCCAUGUUCAGAAAGUCCCAAAUAUCACCAAAUGUAUGUGCCAUUGAGGUUCGCUGCAUGGAAAUCAUCAGUCACCGGAACCUGAUUCCAGCGGCCAUGCUCGUGCGCAAUUUUCUUGGCGAUUAUAAAACCUGAAAACCAUCUCUCCGUAUCUUACCAGGAGCAUGUCGGUAAAUUAGGAAGGUAAAAAAAGGGGGGGUGGGGGGAGCCUUUCUUCUUGAUAAAAAUUGACUUGCGUCACAUCGAGUAUGUGGCGCCUUAAAAUGAUUAAAAUGAUUUUAAUUCGAAAGUUGUUUCUAGUAAAUCUUUUUGCAUGUUUGAGUUAGUAGUGAGGCCUGAAAACCUCGUCAAAAUGUGAUAUCUGAAGUCGUGGGGGUAGCCCCCUCGAUCCCCCAUCCGACGGGGCGGACUAAUAGAGAGCCGCCCAUCACCACAAGCGAGCACUCUCGUAAGGCAACGGCGAUUACCCAAUUGAACGCAGCAAUCGUUCUGGCGGUAUGGGGACAACGCCCCAGCCCUCCUAGCCAAGGCUCAUGAGGGUACAUCCCUCCCUCAAUUAUCAUGCCCGAGUAGGCCGCAAAGCAUCUGCCGAGUCAGUCAUGUACCCAGUCCCUUCCUACUGACCGAGAGACUUGGUAUGGUAGGUGGUGACUUCGCAUCUUUAAUUUUUGUGCUGA